UGUCCUGGCAACGCAUCCACCAAUCACAGCGCAGCGCCUCUCCCGCUGAUCGCUGACGUCAUGGCGCAGUCAGCUGAUCCCGCGGACUGCCUCCGGAAAUGUGCCGGUCUUCGCGAGCGCGAUAAAACCGGCGGUUUCUGAGGAGAGGUCAGCAGACGAGUUUCGGGAUGAGUCGGGCUUCCUAAUAACUAAAGCGGGGAUGGAGGAGAGUGAUGAGGAAACGGAAGCGCCGGAGCUCCCGCUGGAGAUCCUCGUUUACAUCCUGAGUUUCCUCCACGCUGCAGACAGGAAGGAGGCCUCGCUCGUCUGCCGCAGCUGGUACAACGCCAGCCAGGACCAGAGCUACCAGAGGAAGGUGACCUUCAGCUUCCCAGCGUCAGCCGCAUCCCUGGAGCUGGUCCGAGGUCUGAGCAGGAAGUCCCGCUGCAGCCUGAGGAUCAGCCAGCUGGACGGCUUCAGCGUCUCCAGAUCUCUGCUGCUGGAGGUGGGUCUGCGUUUAGGUCCGAAGGUGGAGAGUUUGGCUCUGCCGGGCAGCAGUGUGACGGAGGCCUCCCUGCUCGGCCUCCUGCCCUGCCUGACCUCCCUGCGGCGGCUGGACCUCAGAGGCCUGGACAGCCUCUUCAUGUCCGGAGCCUUCCUCUCCAGGGAGGAGCACAGGCGGCAGGUCGGGUCGGCUCUGUGCGGUCUGGAGGAGCUGGAUCUGUCCGACCUGCGCUACCUCUCCGACCUGACCUUCACUCGCCUCACGGGCUGCACGCCGCGCCUGCGCCGCCUCUCCCUGGCAGGAUGCCACAUCGCCUUCGAGUUCGAUCCCUACCGAGGGUGCCCGGUGGGGGCGGGGGAGGACUCCUCGGCUCUGCUGUCGCUCCGGAACCUGAAGAGGCUCCUGACCCAGCAGAAGUCCACGCUGGUCGCUCUGGACCUCAGCAGGACCUCCAUCACCCCUGAGUCACUGCGCGCCAUCGCUCAGGUGCAGGAUUUGAAGCUGGAGGAACUCUUCCUGCAGGGCUGUAAGGAGCUGACCGACUAUUCUGUGGAGAUUCUGGUGAAGCACCAGCCGGGCCUUCUUCAGCUGGACAUCAGUGAGUGCAUGGAGCUGACCAGCAGGUCGGUGGAGGCCGUGGCCCGCGGCCUCAAGUCGCUGUCGCAUCUGUCUCUGUCUCACGACUGGAGAAUAACCGAAAAAGGACUGGCUGACCUGCUGGUUCUGCCGGGCCUGAAGGUUCUGGAUCUGUCCCAGUGUCUGAACAUCAGCGGAGCCGAGAUCGUGUCGGGCCUGAAGAGGUCCAGCACCUCAAGAGCGCCGCUGGAAACGCUCAACUUCAGGAGCUGCACCUACAUCAAGGAUCUGGCCGUUUUCUCUCUGGCUCAGCUCCUCGGGAGUCGUCUCCGUGAGCUGGACCUGACGUCCUGCGUCAACGUGACCGACCUGUCCGUGUGCGCCAUCGCCACCUACCUGCAGAGGCUGCUGGUUCUGCGGCUGGGCUGGUGUAAGGAGGUCACAGACUGGGGGCUGCUGGGGCUGCUGCAGGACGCCGAGUGUGAGCUCCACAACGACACGGGGGAUAACGGGCCGCGCUUCACCCGGACGUUUGGUAACAUGGGCUUCUUCAAACCUCCUCGGAUGCCGUUUGAGGACAAACCCAAGCUGGUCACGCAGGUCGACCUGCAGCAGUUCACAGAGCAGGCCGGGGCUUCGCUCUUGGCCCUGAGGAGGCUGCAGGAGCUGGACCUCUCCGCCUGCAUGAAGCUGACCGACAGCAGCGUCACGCAGGUGGUGAAGUACCCCGACCUCCAGCGGCUGGCGCUCUCCAUGCUCCCCGACAUCACCGACGCCAGCCUGGAGUCCGUGGGACGGCACUGCCGCGGCCUCACCAGCCUGACCCUCAGCCACUGUCCGGGCAUCACCGACCGCGGCGUGGCUCAGGCGGCGCCGCACCUGCAGCGGCUGCAGCACCUCCACCUGUCCGGCUGCAGUAACAUCACCGACAGAUCCCUGCAGCUUCUGAUGCAGCACUGCAAGCGCCUGAAGACCGUCGACGUCUCCAGGUGUAAAAACGUUUCCAUGGCGACCGUAGAGCUCCUGCACGCUAACCUGCCGUUUUUGGAGAAUGUUCACUACAAACUCGUAGGUGCUGAUCUCUCCCUGACCGACUGACUGAGGUUUAGGUCGGACAGACGCUGAGCUUCAGUCACCGGACGCUUCAGAGGAAACGGUUUGAAACAGAAACGUUUACGUCAGCUAACGCGUUUAUUUCAUUUAGGAAAACACGGAUGAGGGAAUGUCAUCCUUCCUGUUUAGUCUUAGAAACUUAAUUUAUUUAAUUUUUUAAAUAUUGCUGAAUAUUUAAUACGUUUGACGUAGAUUUGUUAUCUAAACAAGUAAAAACAUUUGUUUUUACUUAAAACAGAUUCUGGUUUUUACAGAAUUUAACAUUUUUGAGAAAAAUUAAAAGUUGAGUGAAUGUAUUUUGCACAGAAGUGUCAUGACUGGAAGAACUUCAAAAGAGAAAUGAACAAUUGUUAAUAAUAAAUAUAACAUAACUUUUAUUCAUUUGUCCCAUAAUUCCUUCACAUCUUUGUAACAUUUGCAGACUUUUAUUAUAUUGAGCUCCUUUAAAAAAGGAAGUUUUGUACCAAAUCCAUGGAGUUUACUGCAAUAAAAAGUGGCUGUACAAUA